AUGGCGGCGGCCCGCGUGCCUCGCCGUGCGAGGAUCGUGUCAGCCCCAGCGUCAGCGAUCGCGCUGUCGCAGCGGAUCGUAGGCUCGUCGCUCUCGUCGCACAUCGCACGAUCUGCCUUUCAGUCUCCCAUUCUUCCAUCCCACACUCCCGCCGCCACCGCAGCCGCAACCGCCGCCGCCGCUUCCGCUACUUCUGGUGUCAGUAGCGGAACCGUCACUGAUACCGCAGCCGAUAGGGACGCUACAGACGCUACUGUAGCUUGUAUCGAGGGUUCUCGUAAAGGGGUUGCAGCAGGGAGAUUCAGCCGGCCCCGCUUUUCCCUCCUCGUUCCUGCGGCGUCGAUCGCCCUCACCCACCCAUGGCCGCCGCUCCACCACCCUCUCUCUGCCGCGCCCAUCCCCGCGCUCGUCCGCUUCCUCUCGUCCUCCGCGCUAGCGCCGCACCAGCUUCACUCCACCGUCCUAUCUGGCAGCGCGGGCGCGGGCGCGGACAGCAGCAGCAGCAGCAGCAGCAACGUCAUCAUCGAGGCUCUGCCUCCCUCUGUACCCCGUGCCGUUCCUGACCCCGGCGAGUCUCUCUCAGCGCGAGUGGACCUGGCGGGCAGCGAGGUGGUGUUUGAGACGGGGCGGCUGGCGCGCCUGGCGUCAGGCGCCGUGGUGGUGGGCGUGGGCGACACCAAGGUGCUCGUCACGGCUGUUGCAUCUCAUGACAGGGACGCGUCUCGAGAUUUUCUGCCACUCAUGGUGGACUACAGGGAGAGGCAAUACGUGAUGGGGCGCAUACCCAACACGUACAUGCGGAGAGAGGGUGCGCCCAAGGAGAGGGAGAUCCUCUGUGCACGCAUCAUCGACCGCUCCAUCCGCCCGCUCUUCCCUAAAGGCUUCUUCUACGAUACCCAGAUCACGGCCUCAGUGCUGAGCAGCGACCAGGAGCAGGACCCGGACGUGCUGGCGGUGAAUGCAGCGUCGGCAGCGCUGUGCAUCUCAGACAUCCCUUGGAACGGCCCCAUUGGCUGCGUGCGCGUGGGGCGGAUCGACGGGCAGUUUGUUGUCAACCCAUCCAUGACCCAGCUUGCAAGCAGCGACCUGUCUCUGGUCUACGCAUGCACACAAGACCACGCUGUGAUGAUGGAGGUGCAGGCGCGCGAGAUAAGCAACGAGGACAUGGCAGCAGCGCUGCACCUCGCGCAUGCCGAGGCAGCCAAGCUCAUUCCCCCGCAGCUGGAGCUGGCAGAGCAGGCCCGGCAGGAGAAGAGGCAGGCCGUGCCGCUGGUGGUGACGCCCGCUGUCAUGGAGCGAGUGAGGGGUCUUGCAGGGGACGCUGUGACGGCCGUGCUCACCAAUGCACUCUACUCCAAGCAAGACAGGGGGCGCGCGCUGAGCAAGGUGCAGGAGGAUGUGGCGGAGGUGCUGCUGGGGGGAGGGGAGAGUGGGGCAGCUGGGGAGGAGAAGGUGGAGGAAGGAGGGGCUGAGGGUGGUGAUUCUGCGUUGGCGCAGCUGCCAGGCGCCAUGGAGAAACUCAAGCGUGAGGUGAGUGGGUGGGUGGGAGGCGAGAGUUCUCUCAGUCACCUGUGCUUCUGCGUUGGCGCAGCUGCCAGGCGCCAUGGAGAAACUCAAGCAAGAGACAAGUCUCGUUGGAACGUGUACAUUAGCAGAGCAGAUUCUCUUCCCCACUCACUCACUCAUUCACUGCCUGCUCCACUUAACCACCCAAAUACGCACUCACCCACUCACUCACCCACCCUCCCGCCCGUCCAACCACUCACACCCACCCAUCGCCACUCAACCACUCACACCCACCCAUCGCCACUCAACCACUCACCCACCCAUCGCCACUCAACCACUCACCCACCCAUCGCCACUCAACCACUCACCCACCCAUCGCCACUCAACCACUCACCCACCCAUCGCCACUCAACCACUCACCCACCCAUCGCCACUCAACCACUCACCCACCCAUCGCCACUCAACCACUCACCCACCCAUCGCCACUCAACCACUCACCCACCCAUCGCCACUCAACCACUCACACCCACCCAUCGCCACUCAACCACUCACCCACCCAUCGCCACUCAACCACUCACACCCACCCAUCGCCACUCAACCACUCACCCACCCAUCGCCACUCAACCACUCACCCACCCAUCGCCACUCAACCACUCACCCACCCAUCGCCACUCAACCACUCACCCACCCAUCGCCACUCAACCACUCACCCACCCAUCGCCACUCAACCACUCACCCACCCAUCGCCACUCAACCACUCACCCACCCAUCGCCACUCAACCACUCACCCACCCAUCGCCACUCAACCACUCACCCACCCAUCGCCACUCAACCACUCACCCACCCAUCGCCACUCAACCACUCACCCACCCAUCGCCACUCAACCACUCACACCCACCCAUCGCCACUCAACCACUCACCCACCCAUCGCCACUCAACCACUCACACCCACCCAUCGCCACUCAACCACUCACCCACCCAUCGCCACUCAACCACUCACCCACCCAUCGCCACUCAACCACUCACCCACCCAUCGCCACUCAACCACUCACCCACCCAUCGCCACUCAACCACUCACCCACCCAUCGCCACUCAACCACUCACCCACCCAUCGCCACUCAACCACUCACACCCACCCAUCGCCACUCAACCACUCACACCCACCCAUCGCCACUCAACCACUCACCCACCCAUCGCCACUCAACCACUCACACCCACCCAUCGCCACUCAACCACUCACCCACCCAUCGCCACUCAACCACUCACCCACCCAUCGCCACUCAACCACUCACCCACCCAUCGCCACUCAACCACUCACCCACCCAUCGCCACUCAACCACUCACCCACCCAUCGCCACUCAACCACUCACCCACCCAUCGCCACUCAACCACUCACACCCACCCAUCGCCACUCAACCACUCACCCACCCAUCGCCACUCAACCACUCACACCCACCCAUCGCCACUCAACCACUCACCCACCCAUCGCCACUCAACCACUCACCCACCCAUCGCCACUCAACCACUCACCCACCCAUCGCCACUCAACCACUCACCCACCCAUCGCCACUCAACCACUCACCCACCCAUCGCCACUCAACCACUCACCCACCCAUCGCCACUCAACCACUCACCCACCCAUCGCCACUCAACCACUCACCCACCCAUCGCCACUCAACCACUCACCCACCCAUCGCCACUCAACCACUCACCCACCCAUCGCCACUCAACCACUCACCCACCCAUCGCCACUCAACCACUCACACCCACCCAUCGCCACUCAACCACUCACCCACCCAUCGCCACUCAACCACUCACACCCACCCAUCGCCACUCAACCACUCACCCACCCAUCGCCACUCAACCACUCACCCACCCAUCGCCACUCAACCACUCACCCACCCAUCGCCACUCAACCACUCACCCACCCAUCGCCACUCAACCACUCACCCACCCAUCGCCACUCAACCACUCACCCACCCAUCGCCACUCAACCACUCACACCCACCCAUCGCCACUCAACCACUCACACCCACCCAUCGCCACUCAACCACUCACCCACCCAUCGCCACUCAACCACUCACACCCACCCAUCGCCACUCAACCACUCACCCACCCAUCGCCACUCAACCACUCACACCCACCCAUCGCCACUCAACCACUCACACCCACCCAUCGCCACUCAACCACUCACACCCACCCAUCGCCACUCAACCACUCACACCCACCCAUCGCCACUCAACCACUCACACCCACCCAUCGCCACUCAACCACUCACACCCACCCAUCGCCACUCAACCACUCACACCCACCCAUCGCCACUCAACCACUCACACCCACCCAUCGCCACUCAACCACUCACACCCACCCAUCGCCACUCAACCACUCACACCCACCCAUCGCCACUCAACCACUCACACCCACCCAUCGCCACUCAACCACUCACACCCACCCAUCGCCACUCAACCACUCACACCCACCCAUCGCCACUCAACCACUCACACCCACCCAUCGCCACUCAACCACUCACACCCACCCAUCGCCACUCAACCACUCACACCCACCCAUCGCCACUCAACCACUCACACCCACCCAUCGCCACUCAACCACUCACACCCACCCAUCGCCACUCAACCACUCACACCCACCCAUCGCCACUCAACCACUCACACCCACCCAUCGCCACUCAACCACUCACACCCACCCAUCGCCACUCAACCACUCACCCACCCAUCGCCACUCAACCACUCACCCACCCAUCGCCACUCAACCACUCACCCACCCAUCGCCACUCAACCACUCACCCACCCAUCGCCACUCAACCACUCACCCACCCAUCGCCACUCAACCACUCACCCACCCAUCGCCACUCAACCACUCACACCCACCCAUCGCCACUCAACCACUCACCCACCCAUCGCCACUCAACCACUCACACCCACCCAUCGCCACUCAACCACUCACCCACCCAUCGCCACUCAACCACUCACCCACCCAUCGCCACUCAACCACUCACCCACCCAUCGCCACUCAACCACUCACCCACCCAUCGCCACUCAACCACUCACCCACCCAUCGCCACUCAACCACUCACCCACCCAUCGCCACUCAACCACUCACACCCACCCAUCGCCACUCAACCACUCACACCCACCCAUCGCCACUCAACCACUCACCCACCCAUCGCCACUCAACCACUCACACCCACCCAUCGCCACUCAACCACUCACCCACCCAUCGCCACUCAACCACUCACACCCACCCAUCGCCACUCAACCACUCACACCCACCCAUCGCCACUCAACCACUCACACCCACCCAUCGCCACUCAACCACUCACACCCACCCAUCGCCACUCAACCACUCACACCCACCCAUCGCCACUCAACCACUCACACCCACCCAUCGCCACUCAACCACUCACACCCACCCAUCGCCACUCAACCACUCACACCCACCCAUCGCCACUCAACCACUCACACCCACCCAUCGCCACUCAACCACUCACACCCACCCAUCGCCACUCAACCACUCACACCCACCCAUCGCCACUCAACCACUCACACCCACCCAUCGCCACUCAACCACUCACACCCACCCAUCGCCACUCAACCACUCACACCCACCCAUCGCCACUCAACCACUCACACCCACCCAUCGCCACUCAACCACUCACACCCACCCAUCGCCACUCAACCACUCACACCCACCCAUCGCCACUCAACCACUCACACCCACCCAUCGCCACUCAACCACUCACACCCACCCAUCGCCACUCAACCACUCACACCCACCCAUCGCCACUCAACCACUCACCCACUCACCGGUGCCUUGUGCUCUGCAUGUCUGCAUACGUGUGUGCAUGCAUGUGUGUGUGCGCAGGUGAUUCGCGACGCAGUGCUGGGAAGGGGCUCGAGAGCAGAUGGACGGGGGCUGGAGGAGGUGCGGCAGGUAGCGUGUGAGGCAGGCGUGCUCAACCCGCUGCACGGCUCCUCACUCUUCUCCCGCGGGAACACACAGGUGCUGUGCACGGUGACUCUGGGUCCCCCAGAUGAUGCACAACGCGUUGACUCGCUAACGGGAGUGACGCAGAAGCGCUUCAUGGUGCACUACUCCUUCCCGCCCUUCUCCGUCAACGAAGUGCGCAGCGAGCGCGGCGGGCUCAACCGCAGGGAGGUGGGCCACGGCACAUUGGCGGAGAAGGCACUGCUGGCAGUGUUCCCGGACGAGCAGGAGCUGCCAUACUCGGUGCGCGUGACGUCGGAAGUCAUGAGCUCCGAUGGCUCCUCCUCCAUGGCCACCGUCUGUGGAGGUACUGUCACCCUCUCUCUCUCGCUGCUCUCUCCGCAUCUCUUUCCUCGAUGGCCACCUUCUGCGGAGGUACUCUCCCGCUCUCCCGCUCUACCGAGCAAUCUUUUCUCUACUCCCACCAUGCUCGCUGCUCUCUCUGCUCUCGCUGCUCAUUACCUCUCUUCCCUCCUUCCUGCUCUCACCUGCCCCCUUCGCCCCCCCCCCCCUCUCCAUCCGUUCCCUCUGCUCCCGCCACUUGUGCCACUCCCAUCGGGCAUCACUCUCUCUUCUUUUGCCGCCCUCUUCACCUCAUUUCUCCACCAACACUUGUGCCAUUCGAGCCUUGCACUGAUGGAUGCGGGGGUGGGUGUGCGGGAGCACGUGGCAGGAAUAAGCAUGGGGCUUGUGACGGACGUUGACCCGAGCACAGGGGAGAUUAAGGACUACCGCCUGCUCACUGAUAUCCUGGGUCUAGAGGACUAUCUAGGAGACAUGGAUUUCAAGAUAGCAGGCACACGCCGGGGAAUCACAGCCAUCCAGCUCGACAUCAAGCUGCCAGGCGUGCCGCUGCCCGUGCUCUGCGCUGCUCUCGACCCUGCCCUUGCUGCACGCAGCCGCAUCAUCGAGCACAUGGAGAAGGAGCUCGCUGGGCCCAGGCUGGAGCACAGUGCUACCGCUCCCAGAUUUGGCACGGUGGCGAUAGACAGGGACAGCAUAGGGCGGCUGAUAGGCCCCCAGGGCUCCACCAUUAAGCAGUUGCAGCGACUCACAGGGUCGCGCAUUCAGGUGUCCAACGAGGGCUCUGUUUCCAUCUUUGCACGCGACAGCGCAUCGUUUCAAGCCACCAGAGACAUGGUGGAGGAGGCGGUGGGGAAGGAGGUGGAGGUGGCUUACCAGUCAACUCAAAACAUUUGCCUUGUUCUCUCUAUUCCCUGGUUUGCAGGGCAGGUGGAGGAGGCGGUGGGGAAGGAGGUGGAGGUGGCUUACCAGUCAACUCAAAACAUUCGCCUUGUUCUCUCUAUUCCCUGGUUUGCGGGGCAGGUGGAGGAGGCGGUGGGGAAGGAGGUGGAGGUGGCUUACCAGUCAACUCAAAACAUUCGCCUUGUUCUCUCUAUUCCCUGGUUUGCGGGGCAGGUGGAGGAGGUGGUGGGGAAGGAGGUGGAGGUGGGCGGAACAUACACAGGAGUGGUGUCAUCCAUUCGGGACUUUGGCGCGUUCGUGGAGCUCGAAGGGGGCAGGGACGGGCUGCUACACAUAUCUGAGAUUGAGCACUACCGGGUGUCACGAGUGGAGGACGUGCUGAAAGUGGGUGACACGGUUACCGUCUCCUGCAUUUCCCGCGACGCCAGGGGCAACGAGCACGGGGAGUAG